UCCUGGGCUUUGACUGGGGAAAGUACCUGCAGGAGCACAGCUACAAGGCAGCUCCUGUCAGUUGCUUCAAACACGUGAGUUCUACUUUGCUGUGCAUGACAGGGCACACAGGAUGUGUCUUAUACACAGGGUCUUAUGCUCCUGUGACAGGUGGUGAGCAGGGGGUUAUUGAGACCCAGGUGAUGCAAGGAAACAAGUUAGAGUUUCUUGCAGCUGAGAAUGGGAGUCUCACAAAGGGUCCGGGAGUCUGGGGGGAAGGAAGCAGAGGGGGACUUGAUAGAAGCACUGCUGAUAGUGAUGCCUAAGAUUUUUAGCUUUUUAUGUUUUUCAUGUAUUUGUAGCUUUGUAGAUUGCUAAAGCAUGGCUGUAGCUUCUAGUAUUUUUCCAAUUCUCCCUACAUUUAAGAACAAUAAGUGAACUUUAUAAACACAUUCAGAAAUAUCAUAGUCUUAUUCCAAGAAGAGAACCAACUACAAAAACGUUGUUUUCCAACCAGAAUAUGAACCAGACAUAACAAAAGUGGGCAAAAGAAAUCUCUGGACUGCUUCCAGUGGGUCAGAACCCCAAGAAUUAUUAUCUAACCAACUAUGGUUUUAACUGGACAGUAUAUGAUCUGUAUGCUAAUCGACUAACCUUAUAAAAAUUGUAGAAUUUCUAUACUACAUGUGAUUUUGCCAUAUUGUGUACCUGAAAGCCUUCAAGUAAAGGUUUCCUUUUGUAUUCACUCUAAGAUUGUUGGGAAGAUCUAUUUUCUAGCAUCAGUAGCAAUGGCUCAGUGCUGACUGGGAACAGAAUUAGUUCUGACUGAGGAUGAUAGUGGGAAGCUAAUUUUGUAAUUUGUAUGGCUGAGUACAGCCCAGGAUCAUGUGCAGAGAGGAAUUCAGUUUAUGUGAGCCUGGCAGUAGCUGCCCCUCCAGCAUGUCCCAUUUUUAUGAAACUUGUUAUAUUCCUUCUGAGUUGUGGUCUGAUAAUACUGACUGCAUUUCCUUUUUCUUGAAGAUAGGUCAGGCAGACAUGGCAUUUUUAUUGAUUGUUAAGUGUUUUUAUGCCAUAAAGGAACAGCAGCAGCUACUUUGGAAUAAUAGGACAUCUGGUAGUGAAACAGUGCCUCUCUUUGAUCAGUGGGAUGAUGUGGUGAAAGGUAUGAAAGUGGAAGUGUUGAACAGUGAUGCUGUGCUCCCCAGCCGUGUGUACUGGAUUGCAUCUGUCAUCCAGAUUGUAGGAUACAGGGCCCUUCUGCGGUAUGAGGGCUUUGAGAACGAUGCUGGUCACGACUUCUGGUGCAAUUUGGGCACAGUGGAUAUUCACCCCAUUGGCUGGUGUGCCAUCAACAGCAAAAUCCUGGUACCACCACAAACUAUCCAUGCCAAGUACACUGACUGGAGAAGUUACCUCAUGAAAAAAUUGGUGGGAGCUAGGACCAUCCCAGUGGAUUUCCACAUGAAGAUGGCGGAGAGCAUGAAGUACCCGUUUCGGCAAGGCAUGCGGGUCGAGGUGGUGGAUAAGAACCAUGUGUCCCAGACACGUAUGGCAGUGGUGGACACAGUAAUUGGGGGCAGACUGAGACUCCUCUAUGAGGACGGUGACAGUGAUGAUGACUUCUGGUGCCACAUGUGGAGUCCUCUCAUCCAUCCUGUGGGCUGGUCACGGAGAGUCGGCCACGACAUAAAGAAGACAGAAGAAAAACGUAAUGACAUGGCAAACCAUCCCACCUUCCGGAAAAUUUACUGUGAUGCUGUCCCCUAUCUGUUUAAGAAGGUACGAGCUGUCUAUUCUGAAGGUGGAUGGUUUGAGCGAGGCAUGAAACUGGAAGCCAUUGACCCCCUGAACCUGGGCAACAUCUGUGUGGCCACUGUAUGCAAGGUUCUCUUGGAUGGGUAUCUCAUGAUCAGCAUUGAUGGAGCAACAUCUGAUGAUGGCUCUGACUGGUUCUGCUAUCAUGCCUCCUCACAUGCCAUCUUCCCUGCCAACUUCUGUAAGAGGAACAACAUUGAGCUGACCCCUCCAAAAGGGCAUGAUGCCAAGACAUUCAGCUGGGAGCGUUACCUGGAAGAGACCAAAUCAAGACCUGCUCCAUCACGUCUCUUCAACACAGACUGUCCAAACCAUGGCUUCAAGGCAGGCAUGAAGGUGGAGGCAGUGGACCUGAUGGAGCCCCGGCUCAUCUGUGUGGCCACAGUGAAGCGUGUAGUCCAACGUCUCCUUAGCAUCCAUUUUGAUGGCUGGGACAACGAGUAUGACCAGUGGGUGGACUGCGAGUCUCCAGACAUUUAUCCUGUGGGGUGGUGUGAGCUGACAGGCUACCAGCUCCAACCACCAGUGGUUCCAGAGCCCACAACUCCAGCGAAGGCCAAGGAGGUGCCCAAGAAGAAGAAGAAACCCUAUGGAAAGAAGAGAAAAAAGUUACCUGCCAAAGCCCGCAGUGUCAAGCAGACUGUCAAGAAACCUUCUGCCACAAAUUCAAAACGAGAAGCAAAAGCUGCCAGCCAGGCUUUGCCAGAACCAGCACCUGAUGAGAUCAUUGCUGUGCGGGUGAAAGAAGAAACUAUUGACCCUGCAGAUGCAGAAUUUGGAGAGACAGAGCUUCCUGUUCCCAUCAGCAGCAUAAAACAGGAGGACACAGACUGAUUUGGAGCAUUCUCCAGCUGCCCACGGCACCUUCACCUUGUGGCUCUUUAGGGAAGGUCCUGGCAAAGGGAAACAGGACCAAAAGGGCCUUCCUUUUUCAAAGCAGACCACCCUGCAGCAUCAUAACUCUGCUUUUCCUGGUGUGCAAGAAAAUUUCCCCCAGACUUGUAAUAUUAAGCCCUGGCAAACAGCAGAAAGACCGCAGGCAUGCUGAGGAGCAUGACCAGGGUGGCUGCUGUGGUUGUGCAUGCCUGAUUUUGAAGGCACCUUUUGGAGCAGGAGCUCCAAACGGAAAAAGGCUGCUGGAGCACAAAAGGCCAGUUUGGAUUCUUGGCUGUGGCUGGAGGUGACAAGCUGCUGUCCAACGUGAUGAGUACAGGACAUAUCGGGCAAGGAGCUGCCCCCAUAGGCCUUUGGUGCUGUGCUCUCUGGUCUAAGUGCUGCAAACCCCAAGAAAAUCAGGAUGGGAAGAGUGGAAAGAGGCGAAGAAACAAAAAGAGAUGAUGAUGCCUGCUGAAGAAGAGAGACUUUUUUCAUAGAAUGGUUGGGUUGGAAGAGGACCUUAAAGAUCUCAAGAUCUUCAUCUAGUUUUAAUACCCCUACUGUGGGCAGGGACACCUUACACUAGAUCAGGUUGCCCAGAGCCCCAUCUG